AUGGUUCCUGAGGAGAAGGGCCUUCCCUUGAGCAAUGCUUGCGUUCUGCCCCUUGUCCCCUUUCCCUUCCUGAAGGUGGAAACGUCCCUGCUCAUUCUUUCUUUCUCUCUGCCAGUGGAAGUUGCCACCAAGGCCAAUCCCUGGGAUGGGAAGACGCUGAAGCCUGAGAGUGUGCGCUCGCAGCUGGACACGUCCCUGGAGAGGCUGAAGAGGACGAGUGUGGAGCUCUUCUACCUCCAUGCUCCUGACCAUGGGACCCCAGUGGAGGAGACGCUGCGUGCCUGCAAUGAGCUGCACAAAGAAGGAAAGUUUAAAGAACUUGGUCUAUCAAACUACUCAGCGUGGGAGGUUGCAGAAAUUUGCACCAUCUGCAAAUACAACAACUGGGUGAUGCCGACUGUGUACCAGGGUAUGUACAAUGCAACCACUCGCCAGGUGGAAGCCGAGCUGUUCCCUUGCCUGAGACACUACGGACUGCGGUUCUACGCCUACAAUCCGCUGGCAGGAGGGCUGCUGACCGGCAAGUACAAGUAUGAGGACAAAGACACACGCCAGCCCACGGGAAGGUUUUUUGGGAAUGACUGGGCUCAAGCCUACAGGGACAGGUACUGGAAAAAGCACAAUUUUGAAGGAAUUGCCCUAGUAGAAAGAGCUCUGAAAGAUGCUUACGGUUCCAACGCGCCAAGCCUGACCUCCGCUGCUUUGCGUUGGCUGUACAAUCACUCCAAACUGCAGGGUUCUCUUGGGGACGCAGUGAUCAUUGGGAUGUCCAACUUGGAGCAGCUAGAGCAGAACCUUGACUACAGUGAAGAGGGUCCCCUGCUCCCAGCUGUCACGGAGGCGUUCGAUAAAGCCUGGAACCUGACUGCACACGACUGCCCCAACUAUUUCCGCUAGAGCCUAGGGUAGGG